CAUAGCUCUGCACCUCACACUCAUAGUAGACUCCAACGAUAUUAACCAUGAAGAGAUGUUACACUCUCUGGGCACUGGUCGUGGUGCUAUGUGGAUUGCUGCCGGUACACACAGAGGCUGGACGACAGAUGCCAAAACUCUCGGACAAGAAACUAUGCGCUGAUGCAGAAUGCAGCCAUCCCAUUCUUAUUGCCAGAGCCAUCCAGGAUUAUUAUCCACAAGACUGUCGUUUCAUUCCCAUCCACCAAGGCCAACUCGUCUACGUCUACGCCAUGCUGAAAGACCAGGGCAACCUCUUUUGGUCUGGAAGUGUCCAGGGAUCGUACUAUAGUGAGCAGGAGGCUCGGCUUGGCCAUUUCCCCAGCAGCGUAGUCGAAGAAACCCAUGCUUUAAUGCCGGCCGAGGUCGAGGUCAAAACCAAUAAAUGGGACUUCUACUGUGCUUGAGAUGCUGACGCCUUCCAUGGAGACAUUAUUUUCUUGCACUUUACAGUACAAGCUAGCAUGCAUUUACAAAUUAGCACGCAAUAUUUUUCUAACACAUUGGUGUAUGAAGAAGUUUCAUUCAAAAACAUUCUAGAAUAAUUUAGAAAAAACAAGUUUUAAUUACAAGUAGCCACACACUGUUUAAAUUGUUUAGUGUUAA